UGAAGUGAAAACACAUUUUUCGGGAAGCUAAAUAUUUGUGCCACUGUAAUUACCUUGUCUGAUUUGCCAGCAAGAUAGCCUAGUUUUUUUCAAUUCUAUUCCUAACUUGCCUUGGGAAGGCUUUGUAUGUAUGAUAUGAGGAGAGGGGAAGAAAUUCCCUAGAACGUAACUCGUUUUAGCCAUGUGACUUCCAGCGGAAACCAAUUCGAAGAAAUCCAGCCUAGUAUUUAUUAAUUUGUAUGUAACCAGUUGAAGAACUCGCUGCAGAUCGAAGUCAAACCCAACCCCACCCCGCCUCGUAUUUCAGAUCAAAAGCUAGCCGUGGCAAUAAUGGCGGCCACCAUGGCUUAUCUAACGCUCAUUGCUCUUUCUAUCGCCGCCGCUGCCGCCACCCCUGCAGCUGCCACUACAUACACCAACUACACCGUUGGUGGCGCCGCCGGCUGGUUGUUCAAUGAAUCCACCACCACCUGCUCCGCUAAUUACUCUUCUUGGGCCGCCAAUCAAACCUUCGAUCUUGGAGACUACUUAAUAUUCUACACGAACUCGAACGUGACGGUGAUCCAAACCUACAACUUAACAACCUACCAAAGUUGCAGCACCGAUAACGCACUCGACACCGACACCUUCCAGUACGGAGGCGGCGAUGAGAAUUUCGGGGUGGCAGAGACGAUAAGCGUGCCACUUACUAUUGAAGGGCCAAACUACUUCUUCUCUGACGCCGACGAUGGCGUCCAGUGCAAGCAAGGGAUGGCGUUCGAGAUAGUCGUUAACUACGGCCUCGGCCUCCCUCCAAGCCUUAACCAGCCGCCGCCGCCACCCUACACGGCCCCUCCGACACCACCGUCAUCGGAUGACAGUUCGCCAACUAUAGCGGUGCAGCCGAUUGGUGGCGGGUUUAGGGCUUGUGCUAACUUGCAUUGGGUGGUUAUCAUUGCAUUGUUGGGCGGUGGUUUUAUUCUUGUGUGAUGUGAUUUGGGACAGGUUGAUUGGGGA